GUCCAAUAUGGCGGCGCCCAGUGGCGGUGUGAAUUGUGAGGAGUUCGCCGAGUUCCAGUUCUGGAAGCGUGAAGUUCAAGAUCAACAUCCUGUCAGGAUUGGUUUCUGGAAUUACUCAAGGUGAUGAGGACAAUUGAUGACAGAAUAGUACAUGAAUUAAACACUACGGUUCCAACAGCUUCCUUUGCAGGGAAAAUUGAUGCCAGCCAAACCUGUAAACAACUUUAUGACUCUUUGACGGAAGCUCAUGCCAGUAGGGACAGAUUCAUAAAAAACUGUAUAGCUCAGACUUCAUCAGUAGUAAAACAUCUACGAGAAGAGAGAGAAAAGAACUUGGAUGAUUUAACGUUAUUAAAGCAACUUAGAAAAGAACAAACAAAGUUGAAAUGGAUGCAGUCAGAACUGAAUGUUGAAGAAGUGGUAAAUGACAGAAGCUGGAAGGUGUUUAAUGAACGCUGCCGAAUUCACUUCAAGCCUCCAAAGAAUGAAUAAAAAGAUAUUUUUAAAAUGACCAGUCAUCUCAUAAGAGCUAAGCAUGACAGACAUCGACAAGGCAGGCUUGCUAGGAUGAUUUCUGAGCCAACAGCCCAAGAUCGUUUGUUGAUUUCAGCCCCACUUAGCCAAGACCUCACGUAUAAAUAAUUCUGAUAAUUAUGGAGAAAUCAACUACUAUUUUAUACUGAUUCUGUAAAAAAAAAAAAACGUUUUGUAACUAUUAAAAUAAUUUUCUG